AUGGCCACAUCAAAUCUCCAAAGAAGUCCUGCCGCUGAACAAACUGCAAGUUGUGCUACAAUCUUGGAUACUCUAAAACAUCUGCAUAGUGUCACUGUAGGAGAAUCCUUCUAUUUUAACUCGGUCAAGAUCAGUGAUUCAAGCUUAAGGAAAUGCUGCGAAAAUUAUUGGCACCAAAGUCUGCCAGACCGUUUAAGCGAUGAGCAAUUGGACCUAACUCGAUUACAACUACUUAUAAGAUUCACAGAUCUAGUUAACGAAUUCGAGGAGCGUCCAGCAGACAGAAACAUCUUGUUCAAUUUACGUGAACAAUUGCAAUCGAUAUUCCCACGAAACAGCGACGCAAGGAUAUCAUACCAUCGCCAGAAACCAACCUCUCACAUCGGAACCUGCUUACUCGACCUCAAGAUCGUUACAGUGGCUUUCAUCGACACCUUAAUUAAAUUUUGUCAAAUUUUACAACAAUACGAUGACUCCAAUGCUUUUUGCUACUCAGUAGUAUGUAGCAUUCAGGACCAAUUUGUUCGACCCUACCUUCUAAUCCUAUGGGCCCGAGCCAAGAAGGAACUGCGAGUUUAA